AGCGUUUGCAGUUUGCAGAGAGAAAAGCGCGAUGAGCUUCAAGUGGGCGGCUGCGUCAGCCGGCACGUGUCUGUCGCCGGAUGCCCUCCGCCCUACACGUAUUUUCUGGUGCCUAUGCCUCCUCACCACCGCCAUUGCUGCCGCUUCAUUUUCAAAUGAUCAGAUCGCGAUUCUCGCCUCGGACUCUGUUGCGCUCCUGGACAGUACGCAAGUGCACUUGAGAAACCUCAGUAAAUGCUCUGGAAAGAUGGACCAUGAUUCAUUGUGUAGCAUGUUCGGACUCUUGGAUGCAGACUUUCUCUCUGAUGCCAAGAUGCUGGAGAUUGAAAAGGGUGCCAGAGAGCUCAAUUUACCUAUCAUAAAAUCCAAUCGAGAACUAGCUGCUUCAGCAAAUGGAGGAUUAGAGAAUCCAUCUUCUUUGGUAUUCAGUGCUUCAUGGAGUCAUGAUCAUGCCCAAUAUGCAUCCAAACAAUUUAAUUAUCCAUCUCUACCUCGCAUUGAAAGGCCAAAGAGUGAUGAAGAUAUUGCUUUCAUGAGCAUUCUGGAGUUGGGGCAACUAAUUAAAUCCAAACAAAUCACCUCUGAAGAGCUCGCCCAGAUAUUCUUGAAUAGAUUGAAAAGGUAUGGUCCAGUUCUGGAAUCUGUUAUUACUAUAACAGAAGAACUCGCAUACGAGCAAGCAAGAAAAGCUGAUCAAUUGCUUGCACAAGGCAAAUAUCUCGGCCCACUUCAUGGGAUCCCAUACGGUUUGAAGGAUAUAAUUGCAGUGCCCCAUUACAAGACAACUUGGGGUUCAAGAACGUUUAAAAACCAAGUUCUUGAUACUGAGGCUUGGGUUUAUAAGAGGCUGAAAUCUGCCGGGGCAGUUCUUCUUGCAAAGCUUGUGACAGGGUCACUGGCAUAUGACGACAUCUGGUUUGGGGGUAGAACAAGGAACCCUUGGAAUAUUGAGGAGUAUUCCACUGGUUCAUCGGCUGGACCAGCUGCCUCCACCUCAGCUGGAAUUGUUCCCUUUGCUAUUGGUUCAGAAACGGCUGGAUCCAUCACUUACCCGGCUGCUCGAUGUGGCGUGACAGCAUUUCGUCCUACUUUUGGAACUACUGGACGAACGGGUGUUCUAAGCUUAUCAGAGAGUCUGGAUAAACUAGGACCUUUCUGUAGAAGUGCUGCAGAUUGUGCAAUUGUUUUGGAUAUAAUCCGGGGCAUGGAUCCGCAUGAUCAUUCAUCCAGGGAUAUCCCAUUUCCUGACCCUUUUUCUGUUGACAUAACAAAGCUAACCGUAGGAUACCUUGAGGAUGCAGGGAUGGAUGUUGUUGAAAAGCUUAAAUCAAAAGGUGUCAACAUGGUUCCCUUUAAGCUGAACUACACUGUUCAUUCUGCUCAAGGUAUCUUAAACUUCACAAUGGAUGUCGAUAUGUUGGCUCAUUUUGAUGAGUGGCAACGUGCUGGCCUUGAUGAUGAAUUUGAAGCUCAAGAUCAAUGGCCUGUUGAACUUCGUCGAGCCCGUGUUGUACCUGCUGUAGAUUAUGUUCAAGCACAGAGAGCAAGAGGAAAACUAAUCCAAGAAGUUAGAGAUGGUUUUAAAGUCGAUGCAUUUAUUGGAAAUGCAACGGACUGGGAACGAGUAUGUGUUGGCAAUCUUGUGGGUAUGCCUGUGAUUGUAGUGCCUACUGGAUUUAAGCCAAUAUCUGAUGCUCCUACAAAUAAUACUCGAAGAAGAACUACAAUCACCACUGGUGUUUACGCUCCACCAGAGCAUGAUCACAUUGUAAGUUUCUUCAUGAUCACAUUGCUUUGGCACUGGCAAUGGCUUAUCAGGAAGUGACGGACCAUCACAAGCAGCGGCCACCUAUAGACGAACUGGGGCCGGACGAUUCAAUUCCUAACCCCCCUACAAAGACUGUACCUCCUAGACAGCUACGUAGUUGAGGGAUUGGAAAAGUAAAAUAUUCAGGUAUUUCAUCCUUGUGUCUUUUUGUAAGGGCUGUUGAAAAGGAUAUCAGUGUGCAAAUGUAGUGGUGCAUGAGAAAGAAAUGUAUGAAUAGAACUUACUAGAUACAGAAUCUGUGGUUAUGUUGGUUUACAAGGUUGGGUUUAUAUAAGCAGUGGCUUUAUAUUUUGGUUGAAUA